UUUAUGUUAAAAAAUUAUAAAAUUGAAAUUCCAAACUUACCGCCUAACCCUCUCUUUAAAUCUAACUUUUUCUCUAUUAAUUAGUCCCUCUCUCUUUCCUCCUUCAACUGAAUACUGUGAAAUCCAGAUUCUCCCUUGAGCUACAACACCAUGCAAGGAAACUAGCCUCACUACCGUCAUCAUUUGAGGAACCCAACCUUGUCAGUUGUCACCACUGUCGUGUGAAGAACCCAGCAUCGUCGCUAUAGUCGCAUGAGGAACCUAGCCUUACCACCACCAUCGCACGUCCAUUGAUGGUUCCCCCUUACAUCUCCCUCCUUUUUCUUCUACCCUUUUCCACUCCUUCAUCCUUGCCCCUCCUUCCUUCCUUCCUCAGUGUACGCAUAGAGAGAGAACCCCGAGAAUCGAUCUAGGUUCUUUCACUGGGUUUAACCCAUGAUUUGGAUUCUAAGAACCCGGCCGGUCACGAUCCUUAUAUGAGACCUAUCUUUGUAGUUCUUUAUUAUAGAGCACUCAUGUCCCUAUGAGUAAGACAGGAUGUAGGAUUUAUUUGGUUUCUCAUUAUUUCCAAUAGUAAUCCAUUAAGGCAGGGGUUGAUUAAGAAAAAAAAUCCAUUAAGGCAGGGAUUAAUUGUUAGUUAAUAUACAUUAUGUAAUUAAUUUCCUAUCUUUUGACUGUUUGGAAUUGCUCAAGUAUUGUGAGUGUGAGUGAUUCGACCCAAUUAUUCCCUCUUCAAUUUAUCCGCCACUUGAUCUCGACAAGAUUUUUUAUUAGUAAGAUUUUGGUUUGGUUUGGUUUGGUUUGGUUUAGUAUAGUUUUGGUUUUUGGGUUUAUAUAUUUAGUAAUUAAUACUACACUUAGAU